CCUGAACCACAGAAAAUGAAAGCGCGGCUCGCGCUCGGUUGUCGGUGGGGCUCCGAGUCUGCUCCUUCGAGCUCAGGCAGGCGCGGCCCUUGCCUCUGCGGGGACCUGGCCCUGUGCGGAGAGUGCGAGGCAGGCGCGGCGUUGCAUUUGGAAAUGCAGUGGCAGUGGAUGGAGAAAGUGUUUCUUUGGAAAAGUAUUCUCACCUUUAGAGUAUCCUUGCUUGUUUGCACAGCAGGAAAUUUGCCUGCACAGGCCACUUGUCCUGAUAUCACCGUGACUCAACAGCUUCUGAAAGAGGGAUUUCAUAGAGAGCUGCUAACAAAGGUAGAACUUGGUGCAAGGGAUGAAGCCAUAGGAAGCUGCACUGUGGCAAUUAAAGAACACCUACCAACAGGACUAUAUGUGGAUCCCUAUGAGUUAGCAUCAUUGCAACAGCACAACCUAACAGAGGCUCUGAUGUUUUCAGAUACUGUUGAUGUGGAAUCUCCUGAGUACUUAGCCACAGACCUUGCCAUUGUUGUUUACAUGAAACCUGACCCUCAGUGUGCUCGGUGUUUUAAAGCCAUGUUGCCUGUGCACUGCCGGUAUCACCGGCCAACAGAGGAUGAUGGGGAAGCAUUUUCUCUUCUGAAGAGUCCAGAAAUAUUGAUUCAUUGCCAUAAAAGUUUCCCAUCAGUUGAAUGUUGGAAGUAUUCUAAAGUUGAAGCUCCAUGUUCAGUGAGAAACAGGCAUAUCUGUCAUUGGAACAAUGUGAAGUACAAACCUGUAAAUAAGGAAGUGAUACUGCAGGUUCCAGUGGGGCUCAAACAACAUGGUGCCUUGGUAUGUGCAGUGACUUUUCUUACCACCGUCCUGUGCUCCAGUCUGGUUCUUGCAGCUGUAUGCAAAUAUGGACACUUCUCCUUGGUGCACUGCUCAGAAUGAAACUGAGCAAGACUUUAUAGCUGGAGUAAGUACGAAACAAUGAGUACCAUGCAUUAAAUUUAACUGAAUGCAAACUUAGUCAGUUCCAUUUAGGGUUCCAUAAAUGGAAUGCAAUUUAUUAUCUAUCACCUGUAUUACGGUAAUGCCUAGAGGACCCAUCUGAGAUCAUGACCCUUGUGUGCCAGGCACUGUACAAACACCUAGUAAGAGACCAUCCCUGCACUAAAGAACGUGCAUUCUAAAUAGACAAAGCAGACAAAGGAUGGGAGGGAGAACAAAGACAGAGAGAGAUGAGGUGACUUUCCCAAGGUCAUGCACCAAUUCAUUGGCAGAGCUGGGAACAGAACUCAGGUCUCCUGUCUCCUAAUCUAGUGUGCCCUAUGUGCUGGACCACAAUGCUCUCGUUACACAUUCUUCUUCCAAGAUUUUAAACAAACUGACUUGGUAGAUUGAUUAUUAUCAGAUAAAGAAGUUCCCUGGUCAUUAAACGUUUGAAUUUUAAACUGUUACAUAAUUAA